AUGGAGGGGGCUUCAUCUAUUGGAACUCAAGGCUUGCUCAAGCCAUCUGAUGAUCGAAAUCGCUUGACCACGUUGCCGACGGAUGAAAAGAGAGACGCCAAUGGGCACUCCACGUCGCAUUCUCUCUUGUCUAAUGGUCAUUCUGCCGUCGAUACAGAUCCUGAAGUCCCUCCGGCGAAAAGACGCCGAGGUUCCAGGCAGCAUGAUUCUUAUGUUCGGAAUGGCCUAAAUGGAGGCACUGUGGAGAGUUCUUUGCUACAGUCUCAUCAAAAGCAGACCAUAAAGGAUAGCAUCGAGGGUGCCUCGCAGAGCACGUAUCGCUUGUCUCGCGACUUGGACUCUGAUACCACCAAUCUCAAUACACCAAAUGAUUCAGCGACAUCUGCAUCACUGAUAUCACCUCUCCCACAAGAAAAAUCUGCGUCUCCGUCGACAGUUUUGAUCGCGGGUUUGGAAUCUACUCUUACUCCUCCGCCCAAGCCGAUCCCUGUUUCUUCUGAGUUCGAGAACUACAAACCUCGCUCGUCGAUUCCUUCGAGGCUCCCAGGGCCAGUUUAUGCCCACCAAUGCGUCACAGCUGCAUAUGCAUCUCGACUCAAUCCGUACGCCUUGCACAAGGAUGAACAGGAAGCUUUGCAGGACAAGCUGUGCCACCUUCAUGUCACAGUCUAUCUCAACAUACGCAAUGGAAUUCUGCGCUUGUGGACGCGCAACCCCAUGGUCAGCGUUACAAAAGAAGAGGCACUUGGUUGUGCGAAGGAUUUUCGCUGGAUGAACUUGGCUUCUUUUGCCUACGAGUGGCUGGUUCGAAAGGGGUACAUCAACUACGGAUGUGUCGAAAUUCCCAAGCCGAUCCUUCCAGCUAAGCGUAAGCGUCGCAAAGAUGGCCCCGUGAUUGUGGUGGUCGGAGCGGUACUAGAAGGCAGACGCCGGAUUGGAGGUCGGAUCUAUUCCUACCCGUUGAAGAGCCACCAGAAAACAGAUCUACCGCCUGGUCUGAGACCGACAGCUGAGAUGGGUGCCCAUAUCAUCAUGGGUUUCAACGGGAAUCCCUUGGAUCCAAUUAUCCGCGCGCAGCUAGCUCUCCGUUAUCACUUACUGCGUGAUAUUACGACGAUCUACGACAUCGACGGAUCCAAGGUCGACGAAGAGCACGAUGCGAUGGACGAAAAACUCUACAGACAAGUGCUCGACCGCUCAGGCCUUUAUCGUGAUAAGCCAGUCAUCGACUCUACCGCGGAAGGUGACCGCAAACUGAUCGAUUGCGGCCGAGACGUGUCCACAGACGAUGGAGUCACCGUCAGACAGUAUGAGGAAGCCCGUGCCGCUGGCAAAACAGAACUGUUGCUCCCAGCGACUCGUCAACGUCGUGGCGUCAGCCACAAGACCGCGCGCAACGCACCGUCAAACCCACCGCAGCAACCCGAUUCAGGGCCUGCCGAGGAACAACCAGCAGCCAUGGAAUGCCAGAAUAUGGGGUGGAAGCUGAGGGAUGGUGUCUCUCCCAAGGACACCAUAAACCUGGAGCAUGUGGCCAAAGCGGUUCCCAAGCAGACAUUAGGCGCUGUCAUGGACGAAGGCGUCAAACAGUACCAGCGCCUACUCCCUUUGACUCCCAAGGAUAUGAGACUGCUGAAUUGGCAUUUUGCAAACCUGGAGUAUUCGACAGCAGCGAACCUCGGGAAGCUCAGUCUCUCGGGAUGGGACCAUGAUAUGGGCAACGAAUUCGAAGGCGAGCACAGUCAGGUAAUAGGAGGCUAUCAGCAGGUGCCUCGCGGCUUGUGGAGAUUUCCUACAAAACUCGAUGUUCGCACGAACAAGAUCGUUACAAAGAUUGCCUACGAUCCUUCUGAUGCAUCCUCCAAAAACCACAAGACGAUCGUUUACUGCGAAGACGGCGAGACAAUCGAAGCAGAUCGGGUGGUAUUCACGGGAUCGCUGGGCACUUUGAAGCAUCGAACCGUGGAGUUUGUUCCUCCUCUGCCACAGUGGAAGACGGAGGUCAUCGACCGGCUUGGCUUUGGUCUCUUGAACAAAGUCGUACUGGUUUUCGACAAGCCAUUUUGGGACGUUGACCAGGACAUGAUUGGACUGUUGCAAGAGGCCGACAACCCCGACAGCCUAGUACAGGAGGACUACGCAGCCAACCGCGGGCGGUUCUACUUGGUCUGGAAUUGCGUUAAAACAACUGGCUUGCCCGUUCUGGUUGCGUUGUUGGCUGGGGAAGCAGCCUACCAGGUAGAGACGAUGAAAGACGCAGAUAUUAUCGCAGAGGCCAUGUCUCAACUUCGCACCAUCUUCAAGGAUGUGGCAGUACCGGAUCCCCUGGAGACGAUUGUCACGCGAUGGGCAUCUGACCGCUUCACUCGAGGAAGCUACUCAUAUGUCGCUGCUGAGGCACGACCAGGGGACUAUGACCUUCUCGCCAAGCCUGUUGGAAAUCUACACUUUGCGGGCGAGGCCACUUGGGGGACUCAUCCUGCGACGGUGCACGGCGCAUACCUGUCUGGUCUACGGGCGGCUGCUGAAAUCAUCGAAAAGAUCCAGGGGCCGAUUCCCGUACCGACACCGCUCGUGCCUGCAAAGGGAAGUAAUACCGCUUCAGCAGUGUCAACAUCCGUGUCGACAUCCAAUCCUGAGCGGAAGAGAAAGAACCCUCCUUCGUCUAAGGUCUCUACCGCUGCACUGCCUUCAAACAACAACAAUAAUAAUGACCACCCACCAAACCACACCCAAACCCAGACCCAAACACAACCCAACGAUCCGUCGCCAACGGAGACUGCUCUUCACCAGGAGUAUAAGAAAGCGAUGGAGGCAGCCAUCAACGCUGAACUUGGAGCACCCGAACCUCGCCCCGCCAAGAUCGCCCUGAACCCAUUCCUGUUCUUCCAGAAGGACUACUGGCAGCGAGCCAGAGAGCAAUGCGACCAGGCCAAGCGAGCCGCGACGAACAACCCGAACGCGAGAGCUGCGCGUGACGAAAUCCGCGCCGCGCUGGGCCAGAUGUGGCGCGAAGCCGGCGAGGACGUGAAGCGGCCGUACCUGGACCAGAUGGCGGUGAACCGACAGACCAACACGGAGAUGCUGGACCGGUGGAAGGAGCGGAUGGACGAGUGGGAGCGCAGGCAGGAGGCGAAAGAUCGUUGGAUGGCAGCGAAUCCGUUCGAGCAGUGGCGAGCGGAGCGCGAAGCUGCAGCUGCAAAGUGA